GCCGAAGUAAAGUAAAAUCAUCUCUAAAUUCUACUUGCAAUUUUGACUCUCGAAGACCAAUUUCGCUGCCAUGGGUCUCUCAGGGCCUAGGAACCGUCGGAAAAUCCAACACGAUCCAAAUAACACUAAAUGGAGUCGCGACGAGACGACCUUCGGCCAGAGGAUUCUGCGAGCGCAGGGCUGGGAACCUGGAAAAUUCCUAGGCGCACAGGAUGCCUCUCACUCCCACCUACAUUCCGCUGCGAGCGCCGCCCCCAUAAAUGUUCUCAUGAAAGAUGAUACCCUAGGAUUGGGUGCGAAGCCCAAGCAUAAGCAAAAUACCGAAUGCACCGGUCUCGACGUUUUCAAGGAUCUGCUUGGUAGACUCAACGGGAAGUCUGAGGAGGUAAUUGAGAAAGAGAGAGAAGUCAGAUCAGGCAUCAAGACAAACUUGUAUGUGGAGAAGAAAUAUGGCCUUAUGAGAUUUGUCUCUGGCGGAUUUCUGGUUGGUGAUCAAAUGAACGAAUUGACCAGCACGAAUAUCAAGACUCCCACUUCUGAGGAAUCAGGCGACGAUAAAUCGACUAUCAAGUUGGAGAAUUCUACGAGUCUACUCGCGAAGAAGGAGAAGAAAGAGAAGAGAGAAAAGAAGUCUAAGAAGCGAAAAGCUGAGGACUCCGAGUCCACGGAUAGCUUCGACGCUAUCUCCGAGAAGAAGCGCAAGAAGCGAUCGAAAGACAAGGUCCCGGCAGAUGAUUUAGCAGAUACUCCAGAAGUCGGGGAGUCUAGCAAGAAGUCCAAGAAGUCUAAACGAAAAGAUAACGAGGAGAUCGAGUCAACUGGAUCGGACAAGAAGAAGAGGAAGAGUAAGAAAUCAAGGAAAGAUUCUGAGGGCGGGACCAAGGACAAUGGCACCUCUAGUGUGUCUGAAGACGUUCAGUUGGAAAAGUCACUAUCAAAAGAAGAGAAGAGGGCAAGGAAGAAGGAGAAGAAAGCAAAGAAGCAAAAACAAUUGGAAACCCCAGAUUCCUCGACAGAAGCCGCUGGCUCAACAGAUACCUCAACCCCUAUUCCCCUUAUCACCCCUCAAGAAAGCGGUGCCUCAACACCAGUUGGCACGGGCACUUCAACUCCCCAGGCGCUCUCUGCACGGCAUUAUGCUCGAUCACGUCAUAUAGCAUCGAAACGAAUGGCUAUGGCCGAUAUGGCAGCAUUGAACCAAAUUUUCAUGGUAAAGCCAGUUUAAUAGGGGGAGUAAUGCGAUGGGCGGAUCGGCUCUGUAUAUGAGAGCGCCUAUGAUACCCGAUAGAACACGAGCCUUUGAAUUGAGGAUUGUUUUACUUAUAUGAAC